GGGCCCGGUGCGUUGCCUAGCGAACCCGCCAAGCCACUUCUUCACUCUUCCUCACAAGGAAUACAUAAUCCAGACAAAAUGAGGGAAUGCAUCUCAGUUCACAUCGGUCAAGCCGGAGUGCAGAUCGGCAACGCGUGCUGGGAGCUGUACUGCUUGGAGCAUGGCAUCCAGCCCGAUGGCCAGAUGCCGACUGACAAAACUCUGGGCGGCGGCGACGACUCCUUCAACACCUUCUUUAGCGAGACCGGUGCUGGCAAGCACGUGCCUCGCGCAGUCUUUGUCGACCUUGAACCCACUGUUGUUGACGAGGUCCGUACGGGCACGUACCGGCAGCUGUUCCACCCAGAGCAACUGAUCACGGGCAAGGAGGAUGCGGCUAACAACUACGCGCGUGGCCACUACACCAUCGGCAAGGAGAUCGUCGACGUCGUCCUCGACCGCAUCCGGAAGCUCGCCGACCAAUGCACAGGACUACAGGGUUUCCUCGUGUUUCACUCGUUCGGCGGCGGCACUGGCUCGGGCUUCACAUCCCUUCUCAUGGAGAGACUGUCCGUGGACUACGGCAAGAAGUCCAAGCUUGAGUUCUCCAUCUAUCCUGCACCUCAGGUGUCUACGGCAGUGGUAGAGCCGUACAACUCUAUCCUGACGACGCACACGACGCUGGAGCACUCGGACUGUGCCUUCAUGGUGGACAACGAGGCCAUCUACGACAUCUGCCGACGCAACCUCGACAUCGAGCGUCCCACGUACACAAACCUCAACCGACUUAUUGGACAGAUCGUGUCGUCGAUCACUGCGUCGCUGCGUUUCGACGGCGCACUGAACGUGGACCUGACAGAGUUCCAGACGAACCUGGUACCAUACCCGCGCAUCCACUUCCCGCUGGCGACCUACGCGCCCGUCAUCUCCGCGGAGAAGGCCUACCACGAGCAGCUCACCGUCGCCGAGAUCACCAACGCCUGCUUCGAGCCCGCUAACCAGAUGGUGAAAUGCGACCCACGUCACGGCAAAUACAUGGCGUGCUGCAUGUUGUAUAGAGGAGAUGUGGUGCCCAAGGACGUGAACGCAGCCAUCGCCACCAUUAAGACUAAGAGAACCAUCCAGUUCGUCGACUGGUGCCCCACAGGGUUCAAGGUGGGCAUCAACUACCAGCCGCCGACGGUGGUGCCGGGCGGCGACCUUGCCAAGGUCCAGCGCGCUGUCUGCAUGCUUUCCAACACCACCGCAAUUGCAGAGGCCUGGGCUAGGCUGGACCACAAGUUCGAUCUGAUGUACGCAAAGCGCGCUUUCGUGCACUGGUAUGUCGGCGAAGGUAUGGAGGAAGGCGAGUUCUCGGAGGCGCGCGAGGAUCUUGCCGCGCUAGAAAAGGACUACGAGGAGGUCGGAGUCGACUCCACCGAAGGGGAGCUCGACGAUGAAAAUGAAUAUUAAAUCCCUCGUUUAUACCCAAGAUAAUAUGUUAUUAUAGCAGUUCCGAUACUAAAGAACUAAUUGCAUUCCAAGACAAUGUAGCAAUGUUGAAUGAACUUUUAUAGCAAUCUAAACUUUUUUACGGCAAAACGGAACGUAAACUUCCGUUUCAAUUGACAUAUGUCAUUUUUGUUUGUCAAUGUCAUUAUUUUCAAAUUUGAAUUCAUUCAUAUUAAUUAAAUUAAUUAGGUUAGAAAUUGGUUAAGAAAAUUAAGUGAGCUUUUACUGUUUGCAUAGUUUCAUAUUAACAGUACAAACUUUUGAAAUAUGAUUUCCCGGAGUGAAAUGCAAAGUUUGUGACUCGAUAACGCGUGUGUUUAAUCAUAUGGCAUUUAUUAAUUUACAAAAAAACGUGAUAAUAUAUCUAAUAUUUGUCUUAUUGACUUAGUAAUAAAACGGAAUUCUUUUAAAUUUCUUUUAGAAAUUACUUAAGAUAAUGAUUUGUAUUAAAGUAACAUUAUUAU